CAGACACGCCAGGUGGUAGGACCGGCAGCAGGUCGCGCAGUAGACCAGAUUGCCGGGCUUUCGACAGGUGGAACAGAUGAAAUUAUGCGGUUUGCCCGCUCCUGCAGCACAUUAGCGGCGUUCGCGCACGAUGGGACGGGGGCACUCACGGAUCCAUUCCUGCUGGAUGAGAUUCUGGCUGUGCUCGGCCAGGGACGAGCUCAUGGCGGACACGACUCCAGGCCGCACACACGCCCCAGAUGGCAGGCGCGACGGACGCAGCAUGGCAGCAGUGGAGGAGGAAGGAGCGGCUGA